ACGUUUUUGUUCUGUGUAGCGUCGCGGAAAAUGAGAUGUUCAAUCAAGUCACUGAUUUCAAUUGUACGAAUUCGAAACUUGUUCCCGCAGAGAAAAGUCCGGAAUAAUGUGUGGCGUAUUUUUUCAGAAAAGAAAUUGGAUGGAUUUUCUGUGUUUUUAUAUACUUUUUUUCAAGAAAGAUUUUUUCUCGAUAAAAGAAGUUUGAAAAAAUGAUAUUUCCAUAAAUUUCAUUACUUACUUAUUCGGUUGAGGGGGAAAAGUGGAAAAUUAACCACCUUCAAAAUAAAUAUAGAUCUUGUUUACUAAUAAAUCGCACAGUGAUAUUAAUUUUAUUUAUUCAAAUAAAUUUAAAUAGUAGCUUCCCAAUGUUUCGAAAGAUUACAAAUAAUUUACCUAAGAAUGAAUAAAGUGAAGGAAUGAAGAAUCUAUACAUGGACGUGAUUUUUUACAAGUAGCAUUGCCUAGCUCUUGUACACUUAGCUGCCUGUGGGCUAUGGUGGACUUGGGUCCUUAGACUCAAUAUAGUAAAUAUUAAAUAAAUAAAUAUUAAAAUUCGUUAGGAAAGAAGUGAUUUUCAGUAUAAUUUAUGGCGUAUUUUGAUUUCAGAAAAAUACCGCACGUUUCGCGGUGUACAACAAACUGAAAUCGCACAGCUCUAUAAAUCCAUCAUAAACUAACUUUGUGAUGUUAAAGUCAGUAGGACAAUCUGUAGCUUAGCAAGCCGAAUAAUCAUUUUUAAACAUUUUAAAAUUUCUUUCUUAUAAAAUAUUAGUUACGAGAAAAUGAUUAUUGCUCAUUAGGCCGUUCCGAUGAUAUUAUUUCUUCAAUAAUACAUUGUAAUGCCUUACUGUUUACAUUAGUUUGACUUAAUUUUCAUUACAUUUGUAAAUAUUAUCAAAGUUAGUUAACUCGAUGUGUAGUAAGAUUAUACCAGAAAAAUUAGUCGUUACGAAAGCUGUAAGCCCGUAAGAUGGAAUCUAGUAAUACAUUUAACUGUCCUGUCAGAGUGAAGGAGGAACCGGUUGAAGUGUCGCUCACUGAAAUUGAUUAUAAUAUAAUUGACAAGACACCCGAUAUUUUUGAAUUCUUCGGAUCUCCGCAAGAAAAACCGCUACAUAAGCUGGAAAAAUUUGACGAAAAUGGUGAACUCAACGAUUUGGAAAUUGAGUUUGAAAGCAAAGACGUUAAGUUGAAUGUGGAUCUAUUAGGAGUAAUGAAAAUUGAAAAUUGGCCUCAAAAUUACUUGGAGGGUAUGGAUGAUAGAAAUGGCCAUCAAGCUGAAAAUAUAAUUAAAGUAGAAACUGCCGGAGCAGUAAAAUUAGAAUCAUUUGCGAGCGAUGCAAAGUUUAAUGAUCAACAUAGACUCAAAAUGCACAACGAAACGACGCGUAGUGGUAGCGACAAAGAAUGCAAAAUAUGUAACAAGAAAUUCUCGAAGAAGAGCAAUCUGAAAUCCCACAUCGAUUCGGUUCAUCAUAAAAUCACCCACGCAUGUGAUCUAUGUCAAAAGAAAUUCAUAUAUAAGAGUCAACUCCGCACUCACAUCGAUUCAGUGCACAAUGGUGUCACCUAUACAUGUGAUACUUGCGGAAAGAUAUUCCUACACAAAUGCAGUCUCAAAGUCCACUUCGAGACAAUACAUGAAUGUAUCACCCACACAUGUGAUACAUGUGGAAAGUCUUUUACUCAAAAAGGUAAACUCAGAAGGCAUAUUCAAUCAGUGCACGAUGGUGUCACACUAUCAUGUGAUUUAUGCGGAAAGUCAUUCGCAAAUAAGGACUGCCUCAAGUACCACAUAGAUACGUUGCACAAGGGUGUCAAAUACACGUGUGAUACAUGCGGAAAGUCAUUUACUCAAAAAGGUAAUCUCAGAAGGCAUAUCGAAUCGUCGCAUAUGGGUAUAAAACAUACAUGUGAUCUAUGCCAAAAGAAAUUCACAAAUAAGAACUACCUCAAGUACCACAUAGAUGCGUUGCACAAGGGUACCAAAUACACGUGCGAUAAACGCGGAAAGUCAUUUUCACGAAAAGGAAAUCUCAAAGCUCAAAACGCGGUGCAUUAAGAUAUGACCCAUGCAUGUC